GUCUCAGCUCAGCCCACAUGUGUCCACUUUGUUUAUAACGCGUGGAGCCAGCAGGUGAGCCGACACUGCGCCAUCACGGCCACGAUCCGUCCUGCUUUAUCAGCUGAAGUGGAAUAACUGAGAGACCCACAAGAUCCAGACUCAAACUUCUGCUCGCCGGCUGCAGCGCAGAGUGUGAUGUGACCAGCUGGUCCGACCUCCUUCCAUCUUUCUCUCCACAUCAGUGAAGAUCAGUCAGAGAUGACAGCAAUCGCUGCUGCAGUCCUGCAGGCUGCAGGAGGACUCAGAGCCGGAGGGGUGAAGUCUCUUCAGAUCCUGAUGCUGUGUCUUCUUCCUCUGCUGUGGCUGCAGCCUGCAGACUCCAGCGCUGCUCCAGGGGCCACAGCCUGGAGGCAAACCGGGCCACGGCUGCAGCUCUCCCACUCAGAUCUGAGGAACAGUUCGGCUGUGUUCUGGAAGGGCGGAGUCAGCGGUGGAUACCAGGCCCUGUUACUGGACGAGGAUCAGGGAUGGCUGCUGGUCGGAGGGAAAGACCACAUCUACCUGCUGAGGCCUGACAGCCUGGAUCUGCCCACACAUACUAUCCACUGGCCUGCUGCCAGAGAACACGUGGAGCACUGCAGGCUGGCAGGGAAAAGUCUGGAGACAGAGUGUGCCAACUUCGUGCGGCUGCUGCAGCCUUUCAAUAAGACCCAUGUUUAUGCUUGUGGUACCGGCGCCUUCCAUCCACAGUGCACAUACCUGCACAUUGGACACAACACGGAGGAGCCGUUGUUCAUGCUGUCUCACACAGUCGAGUCAGGCAGAGGAAAAUGUCCUUUCAGUCCCAGGGAGCCCUUCACCGCUCGGCUGACUGAUGGUGAGCUUUAUGCAGGUACCUCAGUAGAUUUCAUGGGAGCCAACGCUGCGAUCUUCCGUACGUCCAUCCAGGGCAGCAGUCAACAUUACAUCAGGACCGAAGCGUAUGAUCACAACUGGCUCAAUGAGCCAGAGUUUGUUGGCUCCUUCUCCAUCCCUGACACUCACAGUCCCGACGACGACAAGGUCUACUUCUUCUUCAAGGAGCGGGCGGUGGAGGCCGGACAGUGGGACAAGAGGGUGUACAGCCGCGUGGCUCGAGUCUGCAAGAAUGACGUGGGCGGGAAGAGGAGUCUGAUCAACCGCUGGACCACCUUCCUCAAAGCCAGGCUGGUGUGUUCUGUCCCCGGCCCGUCUGGAGUCGACACGCAGUUCGACGAGCUCGAGGACAUCUUUGUUCUGGAGACCAAAGACCCUCAAAACCCGACCAUCUACGGUGUCUUCAGUACGUCCAGCUCUAUAUUCCGUGGUUCAGCAGUGUGUGUGUUCUCCAUGGCGUCUAUCCGAGCUGCUUUCAACGGGCCGUUUGCCCAUAAAGAAGGUCCUGACUAUCGCUGGGUGGAGUACAAGGGCCGCAUCCCCUACCCGAGACCUGGCACUUGUCCCAGCGAGACGUACGACGCUCUCCACAAGUCCACCAAAGACUUCCCAGACGAGGUGGUGAGCUUCAUGCGGCAGCACCAGCUGAUGUGGGAGCCCGUCCUGCCUCUGGGCGGCAGACCCAUCUUGACCCAGGUCAACAGGCCCUACAUGUUAAAGAAGGUCGUAGUGGACAGGGUGGACGCCGAGGACGGACCUUACGAUGUCUUACACCUGGGCACAGAUGAUGGGAAGGUGGUGAAGGCAGUGUCAGUCAUCAAAGACAACUGGGACACAGAGGAGAUCAUUCUGGAGGAGCUGACGGUGUUCCAGAGUCCCACUCCCAUCCUGAGCAUGGAGCUGUCAACCAAGAGACAACAGCUGUAUGUGUCCAGUGAGCUCGGCGUGGUCCAGCUGGGGCUCCAGAGGUGUGAGUUAUACGGGACAGACUGCGCUGAGUGCUGCUUGGCCAGAGACCCCUACUGCUCCUGGGACGGUCAGACCUGCUCCAGAUACUUCCCCACCAGCAAGAGGCGGGCGCGGAGACAGGAUGUAAAGUAUGGAGACCCCUGGAGUCAGUGCCCGAUCACAGAGGACGAUUCGGACUCUGUGGAGGUGAGGUUGGUGUACGGUGUGGAGGGAAACUCAACCUUCCUGGAGUGUGUUCCUCGGUCGCCGCUGGCUGAGCUCAGGUGGACGGUGCAGCACACAGAGAGCCAGCAGCAGACUGUCAGUCAGACGCAGGACAGCAGAGAGCUGCCUCGAGGAGACGAUGACCGCCACCUCCACAUGAAGCGAGGGUUGUUGGUUCAGCACCUGGAGCUGGCUGACACAGGCCUCUACACCUGCACCAGCCACGAGCACUCCUACAGCCAGGUCCUGACCCGAUACCGCAUUCACAUCAUCCCCAACCACAGCCUCCACCCGACCCGUCACCAGCACAACCACAGCCCGAACCACCCGAGCCCAGUUGUCCUCGGGAGGAUCGGCUCCACCGGGGUAGCCGGGUUUCUCGGCCAGUCGGGGCUCCCUCACCCACCACCUCCACCUGCUGGUCACAGGAACUCGUGGCUGUCCCAGCAUCCUCAGCAGCUUCCUCUGAAGAGCUACAAAGACCUGCACAUGGUGGGGACCAACAGUCUGAGUGUGGACGAGUACUGUGAGCAGCUGUGGUACCGCGAGAAACGCCGGCAGCAGAAACUCCGAGCUCUGAAGCUGAAACAGGAGAGCAGGAAAGCCCGGGUGAGGAGGAACAACCCUCCUGAGAUUCCCCUCUAGUCACCUGGAGAACUCAGAGACUGCUCAUGGACAACAGAUCCUGGACACGCAGAGGACAAGGAGAGGUUUCAUCAACAGUGUUUGCUUUUUGAGCAAAUAAGCUGGUAAAGUGACACCAACUGUAUCUGCCAUUAAAGACUGACAGUAAUUUUGACCUUUAGACAAAAAAAUACACGUGUAGGAAAAAAGAAAAUACAUAUUAGCAUUAUUCAUUAUUGUUUGAGACAGUUGGCUCCAAGCUUCAGCUAAAAUUGGAAAUGUUAUUAUAUUAUGUUUGGAUGAUAAAUCAGCUUGUGACACACCUCACAGCCACACCUGUGCCAAGUAUAAUCUGUGUAUAACACACUGAGGCGUGCGUAUUUGAUGCUGACACUUUAGAAGACAAUACACAGCUUUUUCUGUUAAAUCAGAUCCGAGUUUUUGUUUAGAUUUUAGAUUUUGUUCAAACCUCGUAUAUGCUGUUUGAGACCAAAAAAUGAUUGAGUGAAAGCUGAACUAGCACUAUGCUCAGUUUCUAUCAAAUAUUUUGGCAGAAUUUUGAGAAACUUCGACGACCAUACGAUGUGCCACCUGUUACUCAGUUAAACAUUCACACACACUCACACACUGAUUGCACAGCUAUCGGGAACAUUUUGGGGUUCAGUGUCUUGGCCAGGGGUUCUUUGACAUGUGGACUGGAGGAGCCAGGUAUCAAACCGACAAUUUUCCAAUGGGUGGACGACCCAGUCAACUUCCUGAGCCACAGCCACCCCAUGAGUCGAGUCCACAUUAAGACAGUUAAUUUCAACCUCUGCUCGCAUAUUUGCCAAACAUCAGAUUCUGUUCAUGUUAGAGCCCCUGAAAUUUGGUAUAAUAUCAAUUAGAUAUUAUAUUUUAGCUGCAGGUAAAGAAAACAUCCAUGUGGGGCCCCCAAACCAUCCAUUUUGCUUUCAUUUUGCACUUUUCUUUCCAUUUUCAAGGGCCAGUAACUAAAAAUAUGACACCUGCUAGUUCCUUGCAAUUAUUUUUAUCUGUUAUAUCCUACCAAACUUCAUGGCUCCCACGUGGUGAGAAGCAGCUGGCCCCAAAAUGUCUUGCCCCAUUCAAAAAAGUUUGUUCCUGAAUUCACUGUGCCCUUAUCUAGUUAGGUUUUUUAUGUUAAUAUCUUGAGUAAUGAUCUCAACUUUAAAAACAAAGCAAUUCCAUUUAGUUUUCCUCACAGAAAUGAAUGAAAUGCUGCGACGCAGGUUUACUGUACAGUUUUUAAACAACUUUUCUUACACCCCUUAAAAUCAAGACUCCCUGGUGAAGCUUUUGCAACUCCUAGUGGGAUCCCAGGUUGGGAACUGGGUCAUGAGAUAUUGAACCCUAAAAACAUCUUCCCACCUAAGAUGUUUUUCAGGGGGUGAAAAUAACAACAUUGCACAUAAAGUUUGAACAAAAUCUAAAAUGUGAACAACAACCUCUCUGAUUUGACGCAGAAUACUGCAUCGUCUGUCCAUCUAAACAGAAACGAGUAUCUGAUCAUAUCUCUCUUUACAUAAUGUCAGCUCAUUAACUGUCAAGUACAAGCUACCAUUUGUUAUGGCUCCUCUUUGUAGCUAUUAGCCUAGCAUUGCCAAAAACAGAUUGAGCUCAGUGAUCUGAGUUUAAAGUUACUUCUUCUAGUGUUAGUGAGACUAGUGGGCUAAUGUAGGAAACCUUAUCAGACUAUUUACUUUUACUUUAAUUCUAUAAACAUACAGAUAUCUCCACUUCAACAAUUAUUUUUCUUUUAUGUCCCGUUUUCUGUUCAAUAUAUCUGUUUAGACUUCCUGUACAAGCGGCUCUGCAGUGCGUCUGCAGAAUAACACCGCUGACAGCUGACAUGACAUUUACUGCAAAACUGCAUAUUCUUCAUAACAAACUGACGCACUGGUGAAAGUGUAUGAGGAUCUUACACACAAUGCAGACAGAAAUAUGUUCACUUUAUAUUCCGUAUAAAUGAAUGACAGAAGACUAAACAAGAAAAGUGUUUGCCCGAUUUACUGCUACACAUUUAACUGUAUUUAAACAUUUAAUGUUUCUACAUGUAUUUAUGUUUGUUCUGAGACGUAAUGUUGAUCUUCUUCAUACACACCUAAUGGAAUGAAUAUGGGCCUCGGUGGAAACGCACACAUGAAAUGGACCUUGCUUGAAAAUACGUAAUGUAUAGCUUAUUAAUUCUGCCUUGUAACUAAUAAUUAUUAUUAUUCACAUUAAUGUAUAUUAAAGAACUCUAUUUUUGAUAGUUUUCUUUCUUUGUAUUCUAGAAUUAGAACAGUGUCUUGGUGUUGAUAUAAACUUGUGUGUUUCUCAAAAGCAAAAUUAAAACUUUUUUUUUAACUUCACAGCUCUAAUAAGCUUUAAGAUC